AGAAGUGGAAAUUUUGUUUUAUUUUAUGUGUGGCUUGGGAGCAAAACCAAAUAUGCAAAUUAUAACUUGCAUUUAAGGAAAUGUUAGGUCGCUUUAUUCGAAGCUUCCUUUCGAACAAGAAAACGAAAUUUGUGGCAGAAUCAGAAUAGUUUCUGAUUUUUAUCCUAAACCCAAAUCAAACCCUUUGGAAAUGAUAAAUUUCGUUAUCGUUGCUUCUACGGCGGACACCUCAAUCUUCAUUUGCCCCUAGCACCGAUUUCAACUACACUCGGAGGUUGCUUUGCGAGGUCUGUCAUCGCCGCCGUCUAGCAUGGGUCAGGCAUUACGGAGAUUCGGAGGCCAAGACUGGAAGAAUAAGCAAUUGGAGAUGAUAUCAAAUAAAAUAUUUGAUAGGUUUCAUAAGGAAAAGUUGUCGUUUGAAGAUCUGUACAUUGCUACGUUACUUGUAUUCAAUGAUAUUAAUAAGUAUCUGCCCGGACCGCAUAUUGAUCCUCCCACGAAGGAGCGUGUCGCAGAACUCGUAGAGAAAAGCGACGAGAACGAGAACCAAGCAAUUGACCGUGAUGAAUUUUUGAAAUUCAUAAAGCUCCUGACAUUUGAGUCGAUCGCAUCAGUGAGCCAGAGAUUGAUCAUCACUUUGGUGGUAGCACCAACCUUGGCAGUAGUCACAAAGAGAAGUACUGAAGGGAUUCCAGGCCUUGGAAAAAUGGUUCAAAAGGUUCCAUCUUCAGCUUAUGCUCUUCUCGUCACCCUUGCUGCCCUCCUGUUCCAAAACUCUAAUCAGCAGCUUCUUAAAUGACAAUUUUACUCUGUUUCAUUCAUUCCAUAUAUAUAAAGUCCUUUGUAUUUUGCAUAUAUAUGUAUGUGAUUGUGAACCAAUAAUAACACUCUAGCUUUGAAUCAACUAUUUGAACUCUUGUUUGUAUUUCA